ACGGUGUUCGUUUCAAGCCACCACUAACCACUGGCUCAACGAUCUGAAGUUUCAUGUUGAUUGCUUUCGUUCAUCGCCGAAGUCUGUUGUCCUGUUGCUCUUCUCAUUCAUCCAGGUACAAAAUACAGCAGUUGUAUACAGGGGGUUUAAAUCCGAUAGGGACUACUAGUACUGUAUGGUUCACCGUCGGGCCGAACAAAGCACGAUAUCGGCUGGGCGAUGUGCACCAUACUCUCAUGAUCUUUUGCAGUGUUUGCACCAUGGAUAUCCAUAGCUUGGAUAUGUAUAGACCUGCGCGCUCAACUUUGCAUGCAACUUCCCCCAACAUUAUCUGUGUUUCGCACCACAGUACUUUUCUCCAAAAGAUCAUUUGUGACACAUAGCGUCAUAAUGGCCGCUGCUACGGUACACAAGAUGGCAAAGGAGGGGUUCGGAACGGGGACCAAUGAGUUGUACGACAGAGCGCGUCCUUCCUACCAAUCGAGCGCGCUCGCUCAUAUCAAGAGCUCCGUAAGGGGAACGCCUCCUUUGAACGUUGUUGAGUUAGGAGCUGGUACAGGUAUCUUUACGCGUGCGCUGCUUGCGCAUCCAGACUGGUCGCAGUCUAUCAAGCAACAUCGCGCGAUCGAGCCAAGCGAAGGAAUGCGUACCGUAUUCGCUAAUACCGUAAAAGAUGAACGGGUGUCCGUGGCGGAAGGCACCUUCGACAAUACUGGUGUUGAAGACCAGUGGGCUGAUCUGGUCGUGAUCGCUCAGGCAUUCCAUUGGUGUCCAGAUUUCGACAAAGCUGUCACGGAGUUUUCUCGCAUUCUGAAACCAAAUGGCAUUGUGACGCUCAUCUGGAAUCUCGAGGACAGGGAUGCAGCGCCCUGGGUCGCCCAACUACGUGACCGCAUUGAGGCUCACGAGAACGGAACGCCGCAGUUCCGCCUUAAUCUCUGGCGUGCGGUAUUCUCAACCUCUUCUUACAACAAGCUGUUCGACGCCCCAGACGAAAAGGUCUUCGAAUAUAUAUUGCCUGGCACGCGUGAAAUUGUAGUAGAACGUGCCUCUACCAAGAGCUACAUUGCCGUCCUUCCUCCGGACGAGAAGGAGAAAGUGAGGAAAGAUGUUGGUGAGAUCGUGGAUAGGGGCGAUGGCCUCAAAUGGAUCGAGAAGGAGAAGGGGAUCUUUGAGUAUCCAUACAGGACAUUAGUUGUUGUUUGGAGGAAGAAGUAAAGACUCCAGAUUUUUUCAAGCACUUUCAUUCAGGACUACAUACAGAUUCAACUCAAUGUACAGCCUAUAUUACACACGCAGUGGCGAACCGCCCAGCGUGACUGUAUUCUUUUAAAUGUCGGAGUAUCUCAUGACAAUUAUACAUCCUUUCACAAACAUA